CAAUCAGCGCGCUGCUUUCUAGGUGUGAGUGACAGACCGGCCGGUGCCUGGUCAUUGUGUGGCUGCUGUCAUCAUGUCGGCGCUGUCUGUGGAGAGUCAGAUAUUCUAUGCCGUGCUGCUCUUCUCAUGGCUGGUGUACGUGUGGGAGGCCUACCUGGCCGGCCGGCAGCGGAAGAUUUACCGUACCACAACACAUGUACCAGCAGAACUUGGAAAUAUCAUGGAUCCUGAGACAUUUGAAAAAUCUCGACUUUACCAGUUAGACAAAAGUACCUUCAGCUUUUGGUCAGGAUUGUACUCUGAAGCAGAAGGCACCCUCAUCCUUGUGCUAGGAGGCAUUCCUUUCUUGUGGAACACUUCUGGACAGAUCCUGGCUCAGGCUGGCUUUGGUCCAGAAUAUGAGAUUAUUCACUCCUUGGUCUUCCUUCUACUGGCAACUUUGUUCAGUGCCUUGACUGGUCUUCCAUGGAGCCUUUACAACACUUUUGUCAUAGAGGAGCGACACGGGUUCAACCAACAGACUUUGGGAUUUUUUUUUAAAGAUGCAAUAAAGAAGUUUUUGGUUACUCAAUGCAUUCUCCUCCCAGUCACGUCUCUACUGUUGUACAUCAUCAAAAUCGGUGGGGAUUACUUCUUCAUCUAUGCAUGGCUCUUCACGCUGGUAGUUUCCCUGGUACUUGUUACAAUAUAUGCAGAUUAUAUUGCUCCAUUAUUUGACAAAUUUAUACCCUUACCAGAGGGCGAGUUGAAAGAAGCAAUUGAAGCUAUGGCAAAAAGUAUUGACUUCCCUUUGACCAAAGUGUAUGUAGUUGAAGGCUCAAAGCGUUCCUCUCACAGCAAUGCUUAUUUUUAUGGAUUUUUCAAAAAUAAACGGAUUGUUUUGUUUGAUACGCUUCUUGAGGAUUACUCACCACUAAACAAAGAAUCGGCUGAAGACGCAGGAGAGAAUGAUAACACUGAUGUGAAAUUCAAACCCAAGAAUGUGAACAAGAAGCAAGGAUGUAAUAACCAGGAAGUUCUUGCUGUUCUGGGCCAUGAGCUGGGCCACUGGAAGCUGGGACACACUGUAAAGAAUAUAGUGAUCAGCCAGGUGAAUUCAUUCCUGUGUUUUUUCCUAUUUGCCAUACUGAUUGGCCGUAAGGAACUUUUUGCUGCUUUUGGAUUUUACAAUUCACAACCCAUCCUGAUUGGUCUGAUGAUUAUUUUCCAGUUUAUUUUCUCUCCUUAUAAUGAGGUGCUCUCAUUUUGUCUCACAGUAUUAAGCCGAAGAUUUGAAUUCCAAGCUGAUGCGUUUGCCAAGAAUCUUGGCAAGGCAAAAGACUUGUAUGCUGCACUAAUUAAGCUAAAUAAAGAUAAUUUAGGAUUUCCAGUGUCUGACUGGAUAUUUUCAAUGUGGCAUUAUUCCCACCCUCCUUUAUUGGAAAGAUUGCAAGCUUUAAAAAGUGAGAAGAAAGACUGACAGUGAAUUGUCAUGGAAAAGCUUUAAUAUUAAAAUACAUUGUGGGAGUUUUUCUUUCGAUUGAUUCAUUAUGUUCUUGUUUAAAAUCUAAAUUUGCAUCUGCCUGAGUGACAUACUAUGGAAACAUUUUAAUAACCUGCAAGGCAAUGUAUAAAAUAAUUGUACAUUACAUUUUUGUAAAAAAAAAAAAAAAAUGAAAAAAGUUUGGAUUUUAAUUGAAUGUUUACUUUGUUCUACAAAACUAUACUUUACUUUGCGUUUAAAUUGAAUUCUAGUAAUACACUUUAACAUUUUGCAAAUAGUUGAGCAGUGGUUAUUCUUGUGCCAAUAAACAAGAAUAAUUUAAUUGUAAUAUGAAGCAAAUGCCUUUUUCUUUUAUUUUUUUUUCUUUUUUUUUCUUUUUGUGAUUUAGAUUUC